ACUAUUUCUUACGAGCAGUGAGCAGUAACUCAUAUGCUCUGUAUUUGUUUUAUUUUAUUAUUCUUUUGUUUUUCCUGGUGUGGAUUGGCCAACGUAAAAGUAUUGAGCAAGCAUAAGAUUCUUGUGAACAUUAUGUCGUAAUAGGCACCCGUCGUGUGUUUUUUCCCCCUUCAAAUUAUAUUGAACGUUUAGGCAUACGAACCCAAUAGAACGUAUGAUUUUUUACGUGACUAUAUCUCUGGUUUGAAUCUAGUUAGUAAUUACCGUAAUUUUUGAAACGUAUGUGUUGUUCUUAUUAUAUAGUAAUGAGCUCGAAUUUUCAGCCAUCGCACGUUAUUCAUCUUCCUAUUACUAUUGACGACAAAGGAGGGUUAUCCAAAAGCGGCGACUUUGAUGAAGUGCGUGAGAAGAUGCAUUUGGCUAUUUCAAUGAGUAGAACCAAUAUGUUGGACACCGUUCUCGAUGAAUUCAGAGUGGCCUACUUGAGUCUCUCAUGCGAAGAUCGUAAGAAGCUAUUGCUUAUCUUGGCCAAAGAGUAUUACAUCGACAGGAUUCAUGUCCGAGAACUCAUUGAUCAGUACGUCAAACUCAAGAUCAUUAGCCGGACAGAAACAUCUACACCGGAUCUCGAUGGCGAUUUGAAUCGUAUUCGCUGGAGUCUUGGACACGCCCUCAGGCCAACAUAUGCCGUGCUUUUUGAGAGGCUAAACAGAUGCAAUGAAGGGCCGAGAUUUAUUUUUCCUGUAGUAUGAUGGUUAAUUUAUUUUCUGUGAAAGCCUUAAUUACUUUUAAAUUUUGGCAGAAAAGAUAAUUUGUCGUCCUUGCGAGCAUUGGAAUCACAUCUAA